ACUACUUUUUGUAAUCGAUCGAAAGCAAACGAUCCCUUAUUUUAGUAAUCCUUGGAAACCCAUCACACCUCUCUCUCUCCUCUCUCUUUCUCUCUCUAACUCGAAUCUCUCAGUUUCAGAGCUUUCACAGCUCUCUUUCAACACAGCUCGAGACCCUCUUUGUUCCUUCUGUUCCUCUCAUUCCCUCAAAACUGAACCCUAAGCUUAUAAAUCACAUCCUAUACAUAAACACACACAUAUAUACAUAAACACACAUAGAUAUACAUAUAACCGUACACAUAGAUAUAUGUAUGUGUUUUUUGUGUGUUCUAUUUGAUACUCUGAAUUCGAAUUGGUAGAUCAAAAUGCGGGUGAAGGAAAUGCAUCCACUGUGUUGUAUCUCGCUGGAGAGUCCGGGGAUCGGAGACCAGUCGCCGGAGGUGGCGCUGUCCAGAACCGGGUCAUGCUUGUCGGCGGAGAUCAUUUCCGGUGGAUCUGAUGGCAAUGCCGGACGGCCGGCUGGAUCGGAAGCCAGCUUCGCCGGAGUUCUCCACAAGUGGACCAAUUACGGCAAGGGGUGGAGAUCCAGGUGGUUCGUGCUGCGCAACGGCGUGCUCUCCUACUCCAAGAUUCCCCGGCCGGAGAACUCGUCUAUGUUGCCCGCCGGAGAAGACGUCCGGCUCAUUGGCGACGUCUCCUCCGCCCGCCUCACCCGCCUCGACAGUUCCGGAUCACGACGCAAGCACCAGAAAACCAUUGGCGUCGUUCAUCUCAAGCAGAUCUCUUCGUUUCGGGAGAGCAGGUCAGACGACAAACGAUUCUACAUAUUUACAGCUACAAAGACUCUUCAUCUGAGGACUAAUUCAAAGAAAGAAAGAGUGGUUUGGAUAGAAGCUUUGGUUUCGACUCGAAGUCUGUUUUCAUUAAGACCCUUAAAUGAUAAUCUGUCCCUUGUACCGGAUGAUAUAUCUCUAUCAACUGAAAGGCUUAAAAGACGAUUGCUUGAAGAGGGGAUUAGUGAGGUACUUGUCAAGGACUGCGAGCAGAUAAUGCUUUCAGAAUUUUCGGAAAUACAAGGACAAUUUAAAGUGCUCUGUGAAGAACGGUCCAAUUUGCUUGACACACUAAGACAGUUGGAGGCAGCUAACAUUGAAGCUGAAGGCUCAGGAAUUCAUGAUGGUGAAUACCGAUUGGUGAAGCAUGGAUAUUCCAGUUUAGGGCGUGGAAAAUAUAGUGAAUGCAGCACAACUGAAUCAUCAGACGACAUUGAGAAACAAGAGCUUGAGGAAGUGACGGAUGAAGAAGAAGCCACCUUUUUUGACACAAAAGAGUACUUCUCUGAACCAGCCACCAGUACCUUAACUGAAAUUACUAAUUAUAUGGAUAAACAUGUUGGAACUGUAAAUCACAUUGAUGAUGUGAAGAAGAUGAAUGCUGAGAUUGGAAUUACUGACUCUAGAUAUCCACAAAUUGAAAGGCGAAAGAAGCUUCCUGAUCCAGCUGAGAAAGAGAAAGGGGUUAGUCUUUGGUCUAUGAUCAAAGACAAUGUGGGAAAGGACUUGACCCGGGUUUGUCUCCCUGUGUACUUUAAUGAGCCAAUAUCAUCUCUCCAAAAAUGUUUUGAGGACUUUGAGUACUCUUAUCUUUUGGAUCGCGCAUAUGAGCAUGGAAAAGCGGGAAACAGUCUCCUAAGAGUUUUGAAUGUUGCUGCUUUUGCGGUUUCUGGAUAUUCUUCAUCUGAAGGUCGCCACUGUAAACCCUUCAAUCCCUUAUUGGGUGAAACUUAUGAAGCUGACUAUCCUGAUAAAGGAAUUCGCUUCUUGUCGGAGAAGGUUAGUCACCACCCAACACUUGUUGCCUGCCACUGUGAAGGCAAAGGUUGGAAAUUUUGGGGUGACAGUAACAUUAGAUCAAAAUUUUGGGGAACAUCAAUUCAGCUUGACCCUGUUGGAACUCUAACCUUAGAGUUUGAUGAUGGCGAGAUUUUCCAAUGGAACAAGGUGACAACAACCAUUUAUAAUCUCAUCCUUGGUAAACUAUACUGUGACCACCAUGGGACGAUGCACAUACAUGGUAAUCGCCAGUAUUCUUGCAAACUAAAAUUCAAAGAGCAUUCUAUUCUUGACCGAAAUCCUCACCAGGUUCAUGGAUUUGUUGAAGAUGUCAAGGGGAAGAAAGUUGCCACAUUAGUUGGGAAGUGGAACGACAGCAUGUAUUAUAUGAAUGGAGAUGGGACUAGCAAAUCAAAUGAUUUGUCCAAUGCAUCUUUGUUGUGGAAAAGUAGUAGGCCUCCUCUUAAUCUCACUCGCUACAACCUGACGUUGUUUGCAAUUACACUAAAUGAGUUGACAUCAGGAUUGCAGGAGAAGCUCCCACCCACGGAUUCAAGACUCAGACCAGAUCAACGUCAUCUGGAGAAUGGGGAAUACGAAAAGGCAAACGCAGAGAAAUUACGGUUGGAGACGCGGCAAAGAAUGUCGAGGAAAUUACAAGAAAAGGGGUGGAAGCCCAAAUGGUUCCAAAGAAAUGGUGAAGAUGGACCUUUCUGCUACGUGGGCGGCUACUGGGAAGCACGGGAGCAGCGGAAAUGGGAUGGGUGCUCAAAUAUAUUUGGUGAAUUUGACGAAGAUCUUGUUAAUUCCUCUGAAGGGGCCUGAUUUUUACAAUGGACGUUGACGGAGCAACUUUAUGCAUGCAUGACCUAAUUUGUUCCAGACUGCAUCAGUUUGCCAGAUUUUCUUUUCUGAGGUUGACACAAGUCGAUCCUGAAGUACAUCCGAAUUAAGAAUCAAUCUUCGAUAAUGGUGGUGGAUCAGAGUCAAAUUUCUUUGUUAUUUUCUGUCAUCUGUUGUAAUCUUGUAAUUUCCACCCCCAAUUUACAUAAGUAUAUGUAUUUUUUCUUUGUUAAGAAAUAAAAGGGAAAAAAAAAGGUGUUGCAGAAAUCAUUUAAACA